GUUGACAUGAUCAACCAGGCUUUCAGUCCCAUUCACAGUUUAAGUGGAUUCUUUUCAAUAGAACCAUUGCAACAUUGCCAGUAAUGCUACUACCUAGGUAGCUAGACUGCCCAGCUGCCCAGGUACCGGCCUGCUGCUACCCUCCUCGGCCGGGCCCCAGUCUGCGCCUGGUGCCCCGUCCUCCGUAGUGGACAAUGCUAGGGAUACAAGUGAGAUACUUAGGUACCUGAGCGGAGCUCACCAGCCACUCCACCAGCACAGCCACCUCGGGUGGGAGAGCGAUCUUCUCCGAGACGCGACGGCUUCGCAAGAUAUCCAAAGGUCUCCAGCCCAUCUUCCAAGGUGCACGUCAGCCAGAGAGCUCCCGGGAACCACUCAUGGCUUCCACUCAAAGCUCCGGUGGCAUUUCUGCCAUCGAAGCCCUCCAGAAACUUGAGACCGAUGCUGCCAUCCUGCGCCAGGAGGCCGAGAACAUGGAGCAGGCCGACCUCUUACGGCAUCAACAAGCUCUGCAAAGACGGCUUCAGCUGCUGAGCGAACACCUCCAACGACCGGCCACCAUCAACUCGAUCGAGGUCCACGGCGCCAAGAACACUCGCAAGGGCUUCUUGGACCCAGUCUUCGCCCCUCUGGCUGGCAGCAGCCGCAAUGCCGGCACAACGCUCGGGGAGGUCCUCGCCGGCGUGCAAGAAGCUACCUCCAAGCUGGAUCGAUUCGAGAUAUUCCACCCCGAGCCCACCGUCUUCCUCUCCGAUGCCCGCGACUCGAACCCCCACGCCGCCGGCACCGAUAUCGAUGUCUCCAUACGCGUCGCAGAGAAGUCGCGCAUCAUGCUCAAGGGUGGUACCGACCUGGGCAACACCGAGGGCUCCGGGUACAUCAACCUCCUCUGCAGGAACAUGUUCGGCGGUGCCGAGCAGCUGUCGAUCAACACCAGCGCGGGAACACGGACGAGGUCUGCCUACAGUGCGGCGUUUACCGCCCCCGUCAACGGAAACCCUGAUCUGAGGCUAUCGGUGGAGGGUCUUUCCUCCAACACGCAAAAGGACUGGGCCAGUCACGACGAGCUGGUCAAGGGAGGAACUCUCAAGGCCGCGUGGCUGUCAAAACAGGGCGACGUUUACAACCUUGCAUACUCUGGCGCAUGGCGACAGAUCACCGGGCUGAAAGCCGGUGCUUCUCCCACGGUCCGGGCAGAUGCCGGGGACAGCAUGAAGAGCUCCCUCACCUACAGUUUCACCCGCGACCGCCGGGACAACCCACUCCUUCCUCAGAGUGGCUACCUGAUUAAGACGGUAACAGAGCUGGCUGGCUUCGGCCCCCUGCGCGGCGACGUGGCUUUCUCAAAAUCCGAGGUCGAGGUCGCCGGAGCAGUCCCGGUACCACUCCCUGGCAUCAGCAGCAGCCGGACCGGCAUCUCCCUCGGCGGAGGUCUCCGAUUCGGCAUCCUCUACCCUCUCCCCCUCGGCUGGUCUCCCAAGGGCGAGUCCAUUCCCAGCCUGAUCAAUGACCGUUUCCAGCUCGGUGGCCCCACCGACGUGCGCGGUUUCAAGAUUGGAGGUCUCGGCCCUCGUGAGGGAACCGACUCGGUGGGCGGCGAUGUCUUCGCCGCGGGUAGCGUCAACAUGCUCAUCCCCCUCCCCCGGACGGGUGUCGACUCGCCGCUGCGGCUGCAGCUUUUCGCGAACGGAGGUCGUCUGGUCGCCUUGCAAGACCAGUCUAGGGCCCGCGAGCAAGAGAGCAAGGGCCUUGCGAUGAGCCCGGGUGCGGUCAAGAGCGGGAUGGGAAGGGCGCUCAGCGAGCUCAGCAACGGUCUGCCGAGCGUGGCGGCUGGUUUUGGUCUGGUGUACGCGCACCCUGCUGCGAGGUUUGAGCUCAACUUCAGCUUGCCUCUGGUGAUGAGGAGAGGGGAGCUGGGCCGUAAGGGUCUCUCGGUCGGUGUGGGUAUCAACUUCCUGUAAUCAGUGGUCUCAGUUGGGUGGUGGGAGCAGGUGAGAACUUAUGAAAAGGCAUUUGGGGAUGUAAAAUAGGGGCUCAAGAAGCGAGAAAUGUACAACUCAUCAUCGACUCAUUACUUUGCCCUCGGCUGCUGAGCAACUGACAGAGACGACCAGCUGGUAGCCCUUCGGGCUCUGGCCGGUGAUGUCUCGGAGCUCGUACUGGCCGAAAAAGGAGCAGACACUGUAAUGUCACAAAAUCACUGCGUCUGCUUGGGUGUCCGCAACUUGAACCUCCUGUGAGACAAACUCCUAUAGGAUGACCUCCCGUGAGACAACCUCCUAACCUCCAUAGCGC